AUGGUUAGAGGCUUGACCACUUCUAGAAUACUCUUCCAGACCCCUAAGGUCCAGGAGAACCAGAAGCAGGUUACUGCUAAGACUAUCUACGAUGUUACCGGUCCAGACGCUUCCUUGAUUGGUCCAGGUGCCAAGCCAGGUACCAUCCCAACUGACAUUGACCAGGCCACCGGUUUGGAGAGAUAUGAAAUCUUGGGUAAGGAAGAAGGUAUUGACGUUUUCGACAUGGAGAAGCCAAUUAAGGAAGGUAAGGGUACUUUGGCCGACCCCUUCUUGGUGCCAACCUACAUUGGCUACCGUUACGUCGGCUGCAGAGGUAAGAACGGCGAGGACCACAAGGCCUACUGGAUGAAGGUCGAAGGUGAAGAGCCAGCCAGAUGCUGGCACUGUGGUACGGUGUACGCUGCCAAGUACUUGGGUGAGCCCGGCCACUCCCACCACUAA